AUGUUGAAUUCGCCCCCUGAUGAAACUUCAACUGCUCAUGCAAACAUCGAUGAUCUAACACUGGAAAACCAAUCGACUAAUAACAAUCGAGAACCGAAUAGUUAUAGUAUUAGACCAAUAGAAAAUGACGAAGGUAAACAGUCAAAUUCUUCACCAAUGAUUCCAUUUGAUCAGGCUGCACCUGGCCCAUUGCUGUUAGAAUUACCGGUGCAGCAUACAAAUGAUGAUAUUGUGGUUGUUCAAACUGUUCCUGUUUCUGAUGCAUGUUCACCAGAGCAGAGCGAACAAUCAACCGAAUCUCAAUCAUUCAUCGUUGCGAAUCCAACAAGCAGCUCGCAUGAGAACGCAUCAUCUGGACAGUCAAUUGAAACUGGUAGCAGCACGUCAGUAUCGUACGGAGUCGAGUGGAGUGAUCGCGUCCGUCCGACAUCUCAUUGUUGGUUUUCUUUCACAAGCACGGAUGCUUCAACUGCUCAGUCAUGUAUCUAUGCGACUUGUCCGAAUCUCAAAUCAAAACAUCCAUUAGCACUUUUACAAUGUGGAUCAUGUGAUAUAGUCAUACAUUCACAUCAUUUGAAUAACGUCAAGUCAACAGAGGUCAACUUGCUUCCAAUAUGUCGUCCGUCAUUUGUUGAAAAUCAGAAGUCACGAAGUGCAAAUAUCGAAAGCGAAAAUAAUCCACCGAAGUACGAUCGACAUUUUUGGUCUCAGGUGAACACAUUGCCAAAACCAUGCACAUACUGUCAACGAACAUCGAAGCCAAAUAAUCUAUUCGGAAGCGGAACUGGCCGAUCCUCGCCAAUAUCGUCCUUAGAUAUCGUUGGACAGUUGACAUCGGCUAUGAGUGCUCUACCGGGAAACUUCAGUCCAAAAAUGUCAAAACCUUCACGAGGUCUUAUUUGUUUAUGGUGUUCACGAGGUUAUCAUGAAUCGUGCUGGCAACAACUUGCUGAACAAGAUGAUAUGAUCCAUUGUGAUUAUGGAAUACUUCGAGAUAUUAUUGUUCGGCCACAAUGGCUCAGCCGCUCAAGUACAUCGAAACUCGGUUUCCAAGCUCGAUUACCUGCAUAUCCGAAUGAUAGCAAUGCCGGAUCAAGCUGUUUGCCGUAUACACCCGUUAUCAUGUUCAUUAAUAAACGCUCAGGUGGUCAAGUAGGAGAAAAAAUUUAUCGAGAACUCUUAAAAACGUUAAAUCCACGCCAAGUAUUUCUUUUGGAAAAUAAUGCUACUAUCACUAAUGCUCUUGAAAUCUAUUCGCCUUUACCGAAUAUCCGUAUUUGUGUUUUCGGUGGUGAUGGCACAGUGGGUUGGAUUCUUGGCUGUCUAGCCGAAAAUUAUCCAUCGAGAAAUAACCCACCAGUGAGUAUUUGUCCGUUAGGAACGGGCAAUGAUCUUUCUCGCGUACUAGCAUGGGGCGAACAAUAUGAUUCGAAAAAUCUUUUCAAUACAAUGCUACGAAUUCCACAAGCUCAAGUAGUUGCACUCGAUCGUUGGGCAGUUCAAGUCGAAAAGAUCGAUGUAUCAAUCUCGUCUUCAUCAAUACAACAGCAGCACGCGAAUAGGCUUCCAAUAGUGAAUACAUUGGAAUCGUUAUUUAAACAUCCAAAAUUUGUUCGCGAGGAUAAUCGAGCUUUGUAUGAAAAUCAUCAACAGUUACCGAAUACACGCUUCAUCAAUUACAUGAGUUUUGGUUUAGACGCAGCCAUUACUCUCGAUUUUCAUGAUGAACGCACACGUGAUCCAUCAAAAUUUUCGUCACCGCUGAAAAACAAGCUGAUGUAUCUAAAUGAAAGUUGCAAAUAUUUGAGCGACUUUGUUCGAGCGAAUAUAUGGGAUCUGAGCUCUUAUAUUCGUUUGAUAUGUGAUGGGCGCGAUUUAACUGAUGCUAUACGUGAUUGCCAUACGCUUGUCAUACUGAAUAUUCCAGGCUAUGCAUCUGGUACGAAUCCAUGGGGAAAAUCUUCGUCAAGAAGUUUUAUUAGUUAUGUUAACAAUUAUUCGAUGGAUGCUCAAAAAUCUAGCUCUGUUACAGUUGAUAAUUCGACAAAUCCAGUCGAUGUAUUCAGUUCAUUAGCCGAUACUCAUGAAAAUGUCAAAUCGGACAGGCUGAACAAAAAAAGUGCGCGCGAAACAUCAAACUCAGCAGGUAGUUUCGAGUGUCAAGAUUUUGGCGAUCGAAAAAUUGAAGUUCUCGGCUUGAAUACUGGACACAUGGCUACGAUUCAUGUUGGCUUUUGCGGUUAUCGAAUUGCCCAAUGCAGUCAGUUGCGUAUAGAACUUUCGAGUCCGAUGACAGCACAAAUGGACGGGGAACCAUUUUAUCUUCCGGCGACAGUAGCUGUUAAUAUUAGCCAUGCUGAUCAAGUGCUGGUGCUAAAAAAUCAGAGCGAAUAG